CUACUCUAUGGGAACAAUAGUGAUUUUUGCUGGCAAGAUAACUUCGAGUCAUGUGACUUUAAGAUUGAAUGCUAUUGGUGGGAGAAGAGGCAGUUAGAUAUGAGACAAUUCUUUUAUUAUAAUGAUUCUGGGAAAUUUAUCAUGCUCCUAACACAUUUCCAUUGCUGGAAAACUGUUAUUACUGCACUGAAAAAGAUUAUGGUGAAUAUAUUUAUGUGAGAAAAGAAUAUACGGACAUAUUUUUUCCUGAAAUAUGAAUUCAUAAGAUAACAGUCCUGAAAAAUUAAUACCAUCAUGGAGGUUUGAAUAAGAAGUUAUUUGCUUUCUCGUUCAUUUUAUUAUUAAUUUAUUCUUUUAAUUUUUUUCACAAGAAUCUGAUUCUGCAGCACUUUCAGUUUUUAAAGCAUUUAUAAUAUUUUCUGAAAGCAAAUAUGUGAUAACAAUUUAUUAUGCGUUCAUAAUAUGCUCUUUGUGGAGUGAACUUAAAAGCAUUUUCAGAAAGAAAAAAAACUAAUGCCAGUCAACAAGUAAGUGCAACUAUGGAUGAAAAGAUCACACAACCUACAGUUAAAACUCCUCUUAAAAAUGACGACUGCAGCAUUCAGUACGGUGGCUUCCCAGAGCAGCAAAAUGCAUCACUUCUAAAGACAGAUUCCUUUAGUACGCAAAAUGAAUAUCCCCGAGGUCUGCGAACUCUAAAAUCUUUAACUAUAGAGCCAGUUUUCUUUUGCUUCAUGUUCGCUUACAUGUUGAACGUAUCUUGUCUGACAAAUAUGAUGAUGGAUAAAGGUUGCCUUUAUAAAUUAAACUAUUCUUCUAUCAUAUGCCAGAACCUUAGUGCUCAUAAGGAUGAAAAAGAAAAUGUUGAGAUUCUAGCUAAUAAUUAUGCAUUAUAUUCCAACCUGAUGAGUUUUAUUGGAGCUUUGACCAUGACUUUUAUUGCACCAUGGAGUGACAAAUAUGGCAGGAAACCACCUUUACUUAUGUCACUGAUUGGCUCAAUUUUAUCAGAUAUUGGCCUUCUUUUAUGCACCGUUCAUUUUGAUUCUAGGCUAGAAUACAUACUUUUAUCCAAAAUCCCAGCGGAACUCUUCGGUGGAUUCAUCUGUGUUUUGACUAUAGUAUACAGUCACGCGUCAGAAGUCUCAUCGGGAAAAAGGAGAACUUUAAAAUAUACGUUUAUAGAAAUAGCUAUGGGACUUGGUAUGAGUCUAGGAUCUUUUUCAGGGGGAUUACUCUAUCGAUACUGUGGAUAUUUUUACAUUUAUGCGACAAGUAUGGCAUUCCAUCUUUUCUGUGUUCCAUGGGUAAUUUUUGUUAUGGAAGAAACUACAGGACUAGAGUCGGAUGUUAGUUGGCCCAAAAAAUUCAGAGAUAUCUUUGCUAUUGAGAAUUUAACUAAAGGUAUUGCAGCUUGCAUCAGACCUCGAGAGAAUUAUAAUAGAUGUUUAUUGCUUUUACUGUUUGCCUCCAUGUGUACUAUCGUCCUUACUUACGAAGCAUUCGCGAGCGUAGGCUAUGUUUAUGUUCAUCACAUCUACGAUUGGGACCAGUUUACAUACAGUAUGAUCACCACCAUAUUUAUGUUCUCACAAAUGGUAAUAGCUAUUAUCGUUACUCCUAUAUUGAUAAGAGUAUAUAAAGUUACGGAUACUGCUCUUGGUUUGACUGGUACAUUGUCCAUGAUGCUGAAGAAUCUUAUCAUCGCUUUUGCAGAAUGGCGCAUCUUUCUCUAUUACAUAGGAAACGUAGUUGGAUUCGUGACACCAUUUAGUACACUGUCUGUACGAUCUGCGAUUUCGAAGAUUCUGGACAAAGACGAAUUUGGUCGAGUGUUCUCUUUUCUGGCAACCUGUGAAGCUAUUUUGCCAAUGGCUGGAACAAUUGCGGUGACCAAAGUUUUCAACGCUACUAUAGAUGUCUUUCCCAGUGUCAGUUACUUGAUGACAGUUGGCCUUUUAAUUAUUCCAUUGGGAACUUUCUCCUGGGCACGGAGUACCUCCAAACGAUCUUACGGAUUUCUAAAAGACAGAAUUUGUGGUAGCGAUGAAUCAACUAAACCACUUUCAGAAGACUUACAUUCUGUAGCUCAGCCUGAUAUUCUACAGAACUGCUAGGUCACCUAAAAAGCGAAUCAUUGAACUUUACUGUAGGUAUACUAAAACGAAAAAUUACUUAAUCAAAGGAAAUUUAUUUCUAAGAAUUUAAAGACUUAUUAAAUAUUUUAUUAUAUUUCACUUAGCCUUAGGAUAUCAGUGAAUAUAAAAGUGGUGUUUGUUGAAUGACAGCAAAAAUAAGAAAUGAAAGCUUCUAGAAGACAAACAUAAAUUUUUAAGUAUUAAAUUUAGUUAGUAUUAAAAUGUGUAUUUUAAA